AUGGAAAUAGUGAACCAUGUCAAUGCAGCGAGGGUAAAUGCUCGAACAACAUUUGUCAUCAAUUUUUCGUUCCAAUUUUAGAUUCGCUCCUCCCUCUGUUUGUUCGGGAACUAUGAGUUUCAUACCACGGACGAUGCCGGUGAAAUCACUCGCACCUUCUUCACGUUAUCGGUGAAAGGGAAGGAAGGCCAAAAAGAUCAGUUGGCACUUUCCUUCAAACAUAUUGUUCGAGUCGACUUCUUGGACAAUUCGGAAGGCAAGGGGUCGGGUUUGAUUUUGUAUGUGAACGAGUUUAUGGCCAAAAGAUUGUCUUCAUGCUUAUCAUUGGAUGUGAAUGCUUUUCUGAACUAUCGGUUGCCAAAUGGACAUGAUUUUAGGUAGUUUAUUUUGAUUUUGUUCGAAAUUUAGGUGAAUGCGAUGCUGCAGUUGGAAAAAGUGAUGAUAAAGAUGGAAAUGAGUUCAUGAAACCUUUUCUAUUAUUUAAAGAAACUUUAAUUUUUAAUAUUUUAAUUGAAUUACGGUUUUUAUAAAACUAUAUUAUAAUUUAUAUAAUUUUAUUAAGAAUUUAAUGAAAAUUGUUAUACAAACCUAAGAUAUUGUGAUUAUUUCAGUUUUAUUGCGUUAGAUGUGAUAAACUGUGAUCCAGACACUCUAAAGGCUCUGACAGAAGUGUUAUACCAAGCACAAGAGUUUCACAAGAAUUACUGUAAACAAAGGCUAGCAAAUGGUGGCAAAGAUGUUCCAGUUGUACCAAAGUUUUUAAGUAAGUUUAUUUAUUUGUAUCUUUUUUGUUUUAGGAAGCAAAAAAGGAAUAUACUAUUAUAAGAGGCUUUUUGGUAUUUUACUAUCGCUUUUUUGGGUAAAAUAAAGUUUGUUUGAGUAUUAUCUUACUGUUAAAACAUCAGAAAACAGAGUUGGCUCAAAAAACAUAUUGCUUUAGAUCUGGUCAGUUUCGAUGAAUGGAAGAACACAUUAGCGUUCCUACACAAGGAUUUUGUGAUAGAAGACGUGUUGUUUGUAAAUGAGAGCCAGCAGGAGGUUCAGUUCUUCUCGGGACACUUUGAGAACAUUCUACCACCGGAGAGUAAGUUUUGAGCAGAUGUGUGGUACUAAAUAAGUUGUGGAUUUUAUAGAGUUAGACAGGAGAAAGCAUCGUGCUUAUGCUGUUGCACAGACUAACGAACCAGCUAACAAAGUAAGAGUUUUAUUUGUGAUUUCGUUGUUUUAGGCUAUAUAUCCUAAUGUUGUUUAUCUUUAUUAGCUUAUUCUGGAUUUUAAGGAUAGAUUCUGAAAAUCAAAUAUAGGUUAUGAGUAAAGCUUUUAAGUGAUUAUUGGUGUCGUCUCUUACUAAUUUUGCAAGUUUUGUGUCAAAUAUACCUAAAUUACUCAGUUAUAUCGCAAAAUAUAUUUUGAUUUUUCAGCGCGGUCGUCCCUCUCAAUCUAUAGCCGAAGUACAUAUACUGGACGAUGAAGAAGCUCAGAGUGUACCAUCAGCAUCAACACACAGCGUCAUUGCGGUUUACGAACCCAUAUCCAGCUUUAAACUCACCAUCUACGAAACAGACAUGUUGACAUUGAACAAUACGGAAAUGUUGAACGAUAGCAUCAUAGACUUCUACUUGAACUAUAUUUAUUACAACAUUUUGCCUCCGGAAAAGUAGGCUUUCUAACUUAACAGGAGUUGUAGCAUAAAACGAGUUAUAUUGUAAUAUAUAACAUUUUGCUUUCUAUUUAUAACUUUUGUAUUUAAAUACUUGGAAAUCAUAUAACUGGUGUUGUCAGGGUUGUUGGAACGCAGAUAUUUUGAAUUCUUGAUAUGAUAGUUGAUUUUUCAGGCGAGAACGGGUAUUCAUCUUUAAUUCAUUCUUCUAUAGCAAACUCUGUAAAAAUGUCACAUUCCCAGUUGGUACAAAGGCACCAAGACCUCGGCCGAAAAGGGUAAAUAUUUUUAUUUUUGCUAAGUUAAUAUUAGAGUAUAAAAAAAGUAUUGUCGUUUUUAAGGCGUAUGUGUACAUGAUUUGGCAACAAGAUUUUAAAAUUUUGUAUUUUGAUUUCUUAUUUUUUGGUUUAGUACUUUUUGAAGGAUUUAAGGUUAGUAAUGGACAUCUUUAACUAAUUGUUGUUAUUUUCAGCUUCAAGAAAAUUACAAUUCACUUAAAAGUUGGACGAAGAAUGUAAAUAUAUUUGAGAAGGAUUAUGUUGUUGUACCCAUCAACGAGGAAGCUCAUUGGUAAGUUCUUUCUUUUACUUUUUGUUUUUAGGUAGUAACAGGAAAAUGACUUUUUUUGUGGCUUUUACAGACAAAGGCUAUAUUAAUCAAGAUGUCAAAGCUUUCUUCAUUGAAAACAAGUUUGAUCAUUUAUUCUUUAGGUACCUGGCAGUUAUCGUAAGCCCAAAAGCUGGCAUCGUUUUAAAAGAAGACUCCCAACCCACAGUAAUCCAACUACCAAAACACAAUGCCUACGAUGAAGUGCCAGUCUUUAUCUUCGAUUCGCUAAUGGAUGCUAAUGAUGUUCAUCGGCAUAUGAAGGUGGUCGAGUUCUUGUCCCAUUACAUGAGUAUGGAGUACAAGGAGAAGAAGCAGGACUUCAAACUGCCCGGGUGUGGGUAUCGACAGCAGGUCUUUCAACUUCACGUUCCUGCAAACAUGCCACAACAGUCGAAUCACUACGAUUGUGGCAUGUUCUUACUCGUUUUUGCCGAGAUCUUCUUGUUGAGGGCUCCGAAGGUAAGAGUUGCGAUAUUUGAGUAGUUUUAUUGUCAUACUCUUGAUUUUCUGGCAAGUAUUUAAGGAGCUAGAGACCUUUUUGAAGUAUUUUUUCACUUAUCUUUUUAGAUUAGAAAUUAAAAUUAAACCAAGACUUUUUAAACCAAAGACAUUAUGGUAUCUAAAACAAUGUUUCAGAUCGGAGAAUUUAACCAAAAAACCGACUUUGGGACACUAUUUGGCCACAUCAACCUACGCGGCAAACGACAACACAUCAAGAAGCUUAUUCAAGAUUUGGCACUUUCAAAUCAAGAAAAUUCCACGAAAUCUGAAUCCACCCCACCGCCCGUCUUGACCAAAGAUAACGGCGAGAAUGGAGCGACAACCGACGUCACGGAAGUGGAUUCUGUUUCCACCGAAAUCAACAACUCUCAACCUUCAUUGGUCUCACAAUCUACUGUUUGA